AGCUUUAAGAGGGCGCCGGCGGGCAGAAGCGGAGCGUGUGAGGGGGGACCCCAGCGAUGGAGACCGCCCGGGACUACGCCGGAGCCCUCAUCAGGCCCCUGAGGUUUAUGGGAUCACAGACCAAGAGAGUCCUACUAACCCCCCUGAUGCACUCGGCUCGCCCUUUCCGGGUCUCCAACCACGACAGAAGCAGCCGGCGAGGGGUGAUGGCCACCGGUCUGAAGGACCUUCUCAGCAAGACCCUGGAAGCCUUGGUUAUCACCAGCGGACUGGUCAGUUUGGUGCUGGAGGAAGACGGGACCGUGGUGGAUACGGAAGAGUUCUUUCAGACCUUAGAAGACAACACGCAUUUCAUGAUCCUGGAGAAAGGGCAGAAGUGGACACCGAGUGGCAACUACAUCUCAGCUCGCCAGCAGCCAAAGAAAGCAGGGAUAGCAAGGGUCACCUUCGACUUGUACAAGCUGAACCCCAAGGAUGUCAUUGGCUGCCUCAACGUGAAGGCCACGAUGUAUGAGAUGUACUCAGUGUCCUACGACAUCCGGUGUACAGGAGUCAAGGCCCUGCUGAGGAGCCUGCUGCGACUCGUGUCCCAUGCCGCCCAGGUGACUGGACAGCUGCUCAUCUACACCGGCUCAUACAUGCUCCAACUGCUGGGUGACACGGAAGGGCCGGCUCCUCACAGGUCACACUCCAGACGGGGGUUCACGUGCGGUUAGGGAGGCCAACCGCAGGGACCCAGCUGGCUCUUGACCCAACCAUUCCCUCUCGAAUGAUAAUUUUGAAGACGCUUCUGUUCUAAACCACACACACUUGGACACCGCGGGCACCUGUGCUCGGGUGUGGCACCCAGCGGGGAGGAAGGAGCUGACGGGGCCCGUGAGAUGGGGGCUGCCCAGUGGGAUGCCCCGAAGGCAGGAGAGGUGGAGGAGCCUCGGAGGGCGAGCAACACACACACACACUGGGUCUUUCAGCUCCUCUCCUCUGUAAUAAACCAAUCCCAAGAGCUACUUUUCAUUCGG